GGGGAAGAAGAGGACGGCAACCCGGCGGCCAUAAGGCGUUUCCUAUUGGUCUUACCUUGUCUACUCUUGACAAGACAGCCACCUCCACCAUGUACUACCAUCGCCACCGCACCCUCGGUCGCGCCAUGCGCUCGGUCCGUUCCGUGGAACUCGCCGACGAGCUGCGUGGCCUGGGCAUGGGCUCCAGCGCUGGCACGAGCCUCAAGAGCGGCUCCUCGACCAGCACCAGCGAGCGCGGGCUGCUGCGGCUGUACCACGCUAGCCCGGCGUCGCGCGCCUACGCCAUCGCGCAGGCCCACAUUCGCGCCCCCGGCGCUGGCUUCGCCCGCGAGGCCCUGUUCGAGGUCGACCACGCUCAGCGCCAGCUUCUUCGCCGGGAGUUUGAGCUGGAGCGCGCCAACGAGAAGGUGGUGGACCUUGAGGAGAGGCUCGCUUCUGCGACCGACACUAUCACCGAGCUCCGGGAGACACACGAGAUGGCUGAGGGGGAGCUCGCGUUUGCUCACAACGAGAACGACGCCCUGCGGCAGCACCAGCAGGAAACCGUUAACCACCUGCUGGAGACGUUCCAGGCCUACCAGAAGCAGCAGGCUGAGUUCGCGCAGCUGACGGCCAUGUUUGCCAACGAGCUGCAGAUGCGGCUGACCUACAUCCUGCCCUCCGACGCGGGCCUCAUCGCCUCGCGCGCCUGCAACGGCCACGCCGCCGCGGACUCCAUGGUGGUUCCCGGCCUUCAGGAGUUCGGCCUGCCGACGAUGUACGACAACAUCGCGCAGUUCCUGCCGGUCCUGCGCAUGGUGGAGGCCGCCUUCGCACGCUUCGUGGUGGACUUCCGCCCGCACAUCGUGUCGGCCGUGCGGGACUACCUCCGCAACAACCCGCUGGCGCCCUUCGACGGCGAGGCCUCCUGGCACGCGGCCUAAUUCGCCUAUGGGAGCUGUGCCCCAGACCGUGAGGAGCGCAGCCUAAACCGCCCCAGACCAGCUUAGGAGCGUUCCGUGGUGGCGUUGUACUAUAUUGUCUGCUGCAUCGAGUUUCCGUGUAGGUUAUGAGCCAUGGGAUUGUAUGAACAGUGCAUAAGUGAGUGUGUGGGACGUGUCGGGCUGGCACGGCACACACACGAUUGGCCGGUUGACUUAUGGUUGCGCGACACUUCAUCAACCACGUGAGAGCAGGCCUGAAGCUUGAGUUUGAUAAAGGAUAUUCUUUUGUUGACAGUGUACAAGCAAAGGGAUUCUUGUUGCUAGUUCGAAGCACGGCUUCGGUGACCUGCCUAACUGAACUUGUAGUGACGUGUAGUGUCUUGUGACUCCGGACUAACACUAUUACGAGAGCUGAAUUGGCAGCAAUUCGUGCUGCCCUCGCAGAAUUUGGUGGCGAGGGUAAAGAAUUUGCAAAUAAGAAGCUCACUAUUGCAUCAGAUUCUGUUGCAAGCUUGUACCUAAUAGAGGAUUUAGAAUACCUCACAAUCACAAAGUUUCGUUGACAAAAACUGUGCCACGCCAAGGGGCGCGAAAUCUGUGUCACGGGUUUGCUAAGGCGUGCACACAAAGUUAGGCGUCGCUGCAUCGAUCGUGCCCCCCAUCGCCUUAUACCCUCCUGGCGAAGCCCUCGACUACACUAGAACAGGUGAACAUGUCUCAAACUGAACUGCUUAUUCUAUUAGUUUGGUGCAAUCUACAAAAUGCGUUUAUCGCGACCACAAUUGCGUCGCUCUUGUCGACGUCGACUGUCACAAGUUGUCUCAUGCUUUGCCUUAUUCUUAUUCACCGCCUGGAGAAGCAUGCCCGGCUAGGUAUCACGUAUGGCGCGGGCGAUGCGAAAGAAUUAUACUCGCAAUACGCACCAAACGAUGUGCUGUUCAAGGCCAUGACCAAUUUCACGCCAACCCAGUUUCAAAAUCUGUUAGCAAAGCUCAUGGACCCUGCGAUGCCGAGGAGCUACAUUCUGAAGCCCCGCGAUCCUCGUGGCGGCCGUGGGCUGGCUCGGCAGCGGCGAACUCGCGGUGGGCGCCCACAUAAACUGAGCCCAGCAACACGCUUGUUUCUUUGCUUGGUGCGACUGAAAGAUGAUGAUAGGCUGGUUCGGUUGUGUGCCAUGUCAGGGCUCAACGUGGCUUCGGUCUGCGACAAUUUUUGGCACGUUUGUGAGUGUUUGUUAGCUGCUACUGAGGAUCAAAUAAGGUGGCCGGGUGCCGCUGAGCGAAAUACACUUGCACGGCAGGCCGGGGCCCUGACACGCUUUGGGGUUGUGGGGGUUGUGGACGGGACCGUGCAGUAUAUCUGUCGCCCUGGUGCCGACGAGCCCCUUUACUACAAUGGCCGCAAAAAACGCCACUUCUUGAAUCACCUAGUUGUGUGCGACUGGCGGGGCUGCAUACGUGCGAUACGCGUAGGGUUUUAUGGAAGGACCCACGACAGCGUGGCUUAUAAGUCGUGUGACCUGUACACAAACAAACAAGCAUACUUUGCGCAGGGGCAACGGCUUAUAGCAGACUGUGGAUUCAUGGGAUGUGGCAACGUGACAGUACCAUAUGUUGCACGCCCCACGCUGACACAGGGGCAACGGGCAUUCAAUAGGGAGGUUCGGAGGCAGCGCGUGGUGAUUGAGUUCCUGUUUGGAGCCAUGAAAUCAAAGUUCCGUAUUUUGUCGGGAACAUGGCGCCAUGGUCUGCACCGGGCUAAUUCGGUAUUCGCGCUGUGUUGUCAGCUUACUAACAUGUACAUGCAUGCCAACCGUCGCUACAUUCGUGGUCAGGCCUGGCGCCAUGGACAGAUGCUUGAGGGCUGGGAGGAGGCGCUUUUGCGGCAAUUUGGUGGUGACUGGUCCCGGCUGAAUCGGGUACAAGUGCGAGAAUAUUUGCAGAGCCCUGCUGCGCAGCACCUAUUUGAUAACUGGUAGAGAGAGAGGUACAGGAGUCAUGUCACGAAUACGAAGUUACACAUGUGUUUGUGGUAUCAUUUGGUGUGUCCAGACUUCGCUGCGAUAGAUUGCUGUGAGUCUCCAAUUGUAGCAAACUUGUCA